GAGAGAGAGAGCAGCAGAGGUGACUCCGUAAGAGAGACGCAAACAUUCCCACGUGUGGAUGGGAGAGGAGGGGAGUGGUUAAGGUGGCAAUGGGAAUAUCGGAGGCUCCUGCUCAUUCCACCCUUUGCUCUUCGUGUGUAUCGCAGUAACAACGUCCGGGGAAGGAAUAUACACUGCUUCCCAUUAUUGAAAGAGGGAAGAUUGCCUCCUCUGAAGUUGUAAUAAUAAUCCAGAAUGAAAAUGGCUACCCCUUUCUCCAAGGAGUACAAAGCAGUGACAAGCCUCCAUGUCUCUGAUGGGGACUACUGCCUUGAGCUUGCCCAUGCCAAUGAAUGGAGGACCCUGGCUGUGUCUUCCUCUGAUAAGCUGGUGUCAUUAAUGGAAACAGAAACUUUGACAAAGACACUGACCUUGGAGCCACACUUGGAAACCAUCACUGGCAUCAAGUUCUCCCGGAGUGACAGUAACAUUUUAUGGACUAGCAGUGUUGACGGCUCCAUCAAAAUGUGGGACCUGCAAUCCGGCCAGUGUGAGAAGGAACUUCAGGGAAAAACUGAGACUUCUCUAGUGUCUAAACCCAUAAGCUGUUUUGAUAUUUCUAACAAUGAAAGAAUCCUUUGUGGAGGUACAGAACUGGUGGAACAGGGUGCUUUCAUACUGUUUUGGGACAUUCGUGGAAAGGAGGUUCUCGGGAGCUAUUUUGAGUCUGCUACGGAUGACAUCUCGCAAGUUGUUUUCAACCCACAUCAGGAGGAUAUUCUUGCUGCAGCCUCUACUGAUGGAUUAAUCAAUAUAUUUGACAUAUCACAAAACUCUGAGAGUGAUGCUCUCACUUAUAGUUUGAAUACAGAGGUAGUUGUGUCAAAAUUAUGUUGGCAAAGUCAUGGGAGUAAGUUUGAGAGGCUGGCAGCAACCACAGAUGUGGAGACUUUCCAGUACUGGGACAUUCGAGAAGCUGCACCACUGCAUAGCUUCACCAGAGAGGAAAUAGCAGGUGCCAUGAAGUGCCAGACACCAGAUGAAAGCUAUAUUGUGUCUGCAAUGGCAUUUAAUCAUAGUGAUGAUCCAGUUAUCUUAGCUGGGUUCCACACUGAGUCAGAGGGUGACUCACUGCGAAGUUUAAGGCUUGACCUUUCUUCUGGGCAAUUGAGACCACAUGGGAAUUUUGUGGCCCGACAACCACUGCUCAUGACACGCACAUCCUUGUACCAGCCACAGACAGACACUUUCUUCACUGGAGGGGAGUGUGGGGUGGUCAGGCUGUGGUGCCCUGAACUGCAGGCAACCACAGUGAAAGAACAUUUGACUAAAAAGACGAAGAAACACAGAAGUAAACCUUACUAGCCUUAGUGUGAAUGUUUGUUAUGGUGUCUAUUUUUUCAUGAAUGUUGAUUUUACAUAUCCAAAAAUAUUAAAGGACCUUCAAGUUCAUAAAAAUAUUCAUAUUUGAUCAUUAUUAUAACAUCUUGUUGCCUGAUACAAAUAAACUAUUCUAUGUAUUUUCACAUAUUAUCUUGCCUUACUGUCAAUAGUGAAAAGAAUUAAAAAAAAAACUGUGCCACAUUGUAUUUAGAUUUGAAUUAGGAGUACAUAAUCAAUAUAUAAAUAAUAAAUGCAAAUCCAAGGUCCUUCAUUAGGAGGCACCAUCCUAGCUGUGAUAGAUUAGGGAAACUGGACUUAAAAACUGGAAAAAAAAAAAAAAGCCUUAACCAAGGAACUCGAAGAUUUUUCAGUCACCCACCUUGUCAGGGUGCGAAUGCCAUUCCCUGCUAAAUAAUGUAUCGUGGAAAACACUGACUUGCUGGAGCUAUAUUGUGCUGGAGCAGUUAAAGAAGUAUCACAUGAAGUAUGGUUGUGUCAGCACUGCAUGCUAUGAACUGUUAUGACUGUUGUCCAGAAUGGCUAAAGUUAUUAAAUUCCUCUAAAUAUCUACAUGAAAAGUCCAUCUUUCUCUGACCUUGAAGACCCUGUCCAAGAAACAACAAUUUAAUGGAAAAGAAAACAAUCCUGAAUCAAUAGAUUUCACUUUAAUUUCACUAAAUUUUUUUCAAAGUACAAAGUCUUUUGUUGUAUGCUUUCAUUAACAAACUGGAUACAUGUACAAGCUACUUGUCUGUGAAAAAUAUUCCCCUGUUAGAAAGCCUGCAAAUAGUUAUCAAACUCAGUUUCUGUGGCAUAAAUAGAUGUGGAGGAGGAACAGUCACAGGCCCUUUGGAAAAGCAAAGGGCCAUCCAUGACUGUGACAGGAGCCACAUUUACAUGCAGAUAUAUGUUUGAUGCGAAGCAGUUGGUCAUGUGAGAUACCCGUGCAUACAUACUCUUCUCAAGACAAAAUAACAAGGUGAGUUGUGAUACCAGUCUCUCCAGUAUAGUACUAGUGCUCAUUAUGGCUAAUGGUUAUGCAGAUUAAAUUCAUAGCUCAACCAUGUCCCUUUCCACACUGUGAUCAUCAAUCAAAUAUAUUGUUAUCCACACAAUCAGUAAUAAAAUCAUGCACUGGAAAAAAAUGGGAAGAUAUAUUCACAUAUAAAACUUAUCACAUGCACCAGAAUUUCGGGUGGCUUUUCUUCAUUCGAGCAUACAAUAGUAAGGAACAAUGAAGCUUGCAAUGUCUGCAUGAAAGUGACAUACACUGCAGUCACAGUGUACAGGUAGGGACACAAAAUGACACCUGCUGGUGCCAGCAGCCAUAAGGGUAUAAUUCCUUGUGAGAAGGUUAGACAAAAUACUAUGACUUAAGCUUAUUUCAGUAUUUAGCACAAGAAUAUUUAUUAAAACUCAAAAUCAGUUUAAGAAAUUUUAACUAAUGAUAAGCAGGGACUUCCUAAUGAAAAUUCUGCUUGUUGCAACAUGAACCUUGUACAAUAGACAACAUACACUUUAAACAUGAUGCCAUGGCUAUGUUUUCCAGUGCUAAACACAUGCUUCAACACAGCUGUAAUGUAUGUAGACUUCCUAUUAGGCAAUGCCUACACCACAAGAAACUGACAAUGGCCAUUGACCACAAGCUUGAAUCUCUCAAGACUGUGGGAUUAGUCAGUGCUGCAAGUAAACAGAAUACGGAGGAAAUCAUGUUUGUGUGAUGUAGACAUCUGAAGAUGGUGUUUGUGAUAAAUUUUGUAUUGCAAGUAUUCUAAAGCUGGGUGGUGUCCUGGGUAGACAUAUAAUGGUGUAAAUUAUGUCUGUCUACCUUGUCUAUAUUCUAAGAAGAUUACUGAAUGAGUGCCAAGACAACAUUCACAUAUCAUCUACACAAGGAAAAAAAUAUUUUCAUGUUUUCUUAAUAAAAACAAAAUGAAAAUAUGUACAAAAUGAAAAUAUGUACAUUUAUCAUGAGAAUCUAUACCAAUUAUCUUGCAUGUGAAUUUAGUAUGUUAUACUAAAUUAAUAGGGACAAUUUUGCAAUAAGAUGAAAUGUUAUACAAAGGGUUGUGUCAUAUUCUCAAAACUAAUGGGUCUGCUAAUACUAGCACAGAUUUUAUAUUUACUCAACCACAAUCUCAAAGAUACAAAAUAUCAGUCAAACUGACUUGCAAGUCUUGAUCUCCAACUACAGAUAGCAGCUAGAGUUAUAACAGAUUCUACCACUUUUAGAAUUAGGUAGAAUUUCUGUACAGCACCAAGCAAAGAAAAGGCAAGUGAGACAAGUAAUGUACAACUUGUACACUGCUGAAAUGAGCUCCUAUCUGUAGAAGAGGAAUGCAUGCAAUCAACAAACUAAUUUCAACCCUCCAGCCAGAAAAGACUGCAUACAUGUGAGGAUGCAAGUAAUGAAACUAUUCAUGAGCAUGGUGAUUGGUACAUAAAAGACUACAGUAGUAACUGAUAAUGCAAAUCAAUGAAAAUAAAAUGUUGCAGAUGAGAUGAAUGUGUGAUCCAUGCACACAAGUGCUUUAUGUAUUUCAACUGGUAUUAAUGCAAGGAAGCUAAAGCAAAUACCAAUAGCUUCAAGGAACUGCAUAUUUGUGAUGGGAAAAUAACUGUUUAUGGAAGGCAGAAAACAGAAAUCUUACAUAUGAUUAUGAAGGGAGCUAGGUAUGUAAUAUAUAAAAAUGGCAUUGAGAAAUAAGUAGUAUUACAAGGAAAGUAUCAAUAUUAGGGUGACUUGAUUAUUCAUUAUUUCUUGCUGCUAAAGAAUUUGAUUGUGCAUGCCUGUGCAAGAACAGCCCUGGUGGAUGGUGGCCUCCAUACCAUUUCACAGGCAAGUGGAAGAGCAUGCCUACUCCUGACACAACAGGGUGUAAUGGUGCAACUUUUGAGAUAUAUUAGUGAUUAUAUUGUAUUUCUGUUCUAUGUAUUGCUAUGCUUAAUCUCCUGCAGUGUUGUAAGGUGGUCCAUGAGACUGUCCCUUCCUACCAGGGACAACAGGGAUAAGAGUGUGAAUGUGUGGGAUUGCUGCCCUGGUAUAUAGGUAGAUAGAUGGAUAUAUUGAACCAAAUUACAUUGAGACUAGAAUGUCAGGGAUGCUCAUAGUUCUGUCAUCUUCAAUAAGACUGCAACUAUUCUAUUCAUAGUAUAAGUUGGGGUCGGAGUUAGUCGGUCAAUCCUAAGUUAUCAAGUUCCCCAAAGUUUACAGAAAUAUACCCACAAAGGAAUAAAUCCAUCAUGCUCUGCACAGCCUUCCUUUCUCCAUGCCAUACUUCAUAAACUCCUGAUGUUCCUUCCUUGUAUAUUCUAUGUAGUCCUCUCAUUUUUCUAUCAUUCCUUUUUCUCAUGUAUCCCUACCUGGUCCCCCUAUUUCAUGGCAAGUCCUCCUUUACCACACUCAUAAAUACUUCACUAGUCAUUUAACCUUCUGCCAUUCUAUCCAGGUGGUUGAGCCACCUUUUAAUUGUCUGCAUCUAUAAUAAUCUACAACACAAUGUCAUGAGGAGAAUAUCAAUGGAAUAAAUAAAUGGUAAUGAAGUAUUAAGCAUGUUAUA